CGCUAGAACGCUGAUUUACCGUCACUAUAAACUCAAAUGUGUGGUCUGGGAGGGCAGAUGGCACUCUACUGCGAUCUGAUGGGUUGCUGGCAAGCAUUUCCGUAGUGUAGUUUUUAAUGCAUCAUGACAGAGGCUUCACUGCCUGACUCGUCUGUCCUAAUUUCAAGCUAGACAGUACGACAUACAUUAUUUCACAUACAGCAGCCCGUGCAGAUGCACGCACACGUUUAUUUCCUCCGUAUGCGCGUCCUCUUCGGGUAUGAGAUCCUCUUUCAGUGAUACAAUACUUUUAAACGGAUCCCGUCAUUAUGUCAAAGCGGUACAUGCUUUAAAUCUAUCCGCGUACGAUUCUGAGUCGAUAAUACAUGGUAAUACCCGCGUUACCGGAGACAAGGAUGUCGAAACGGCUGCGAAAUAGCGAAGUUUGUGCGGACUGCAGCAGUUCGGAUCCUCGCUGGGCGUCUGUGAACAGAGGAGUUCUGAUAUGUGACGAGUGCUGCGGCGUUCACCGCAGUCUGGGCCGACACAACUCGCAAGUGCGGCAUUUGUCACACACCUCCUGGCCGCCUACCCAGCUACAGAUGGUUCAGACAUUAUACAACAAUGGUGCUAAUGCAAUAUGGGAGCACACUCUGCUGGACCCGUCAUCCAUCAUGAGCGGGAAACGCAAAGCUAAUCCUCAGGAUAAAGUCCACCCCAGCAAGGCAGAGUUCAUAAAAGCAAAAUAUCAAAUGCUGGCUUACGUCCAUCGUUUACCAUGUCGAGAUGACGACAGUACAGCAGCCGCUGAUCUAAGCAAGCAACUUCACUCCAGCGUUAGAACCGGCAAUCUUGAAACUUGUUUGCGGUUACUGUCACUUGGGGCUCAAGCCAACUACUUCCACCCGGAGAAAGGGAACACCCCGCUGCACAUAGCAGCUAAAGCAGGGCAAGUGUGUCAGGCUGAGCUUCUUUGUGUUUAUGGGGCAGACCCUGGGGCUCCAGACUCCAACGGCAAAACGCCUAUCAACUAUGCAAGGCAGGCUGGCCAUCAGGACCUGGCAGACAGACUGGUGGAAAUACAGUAUGAGCUCACAGACAGGCUGGCCUUCUAUCUCUGUGGGCGGAAGCCUGAUCACAAGAAUGGACAGCAUUUCAUUAUACCACAGAUGGCGGACAGCAGUCUGGAGUUAUCGGAGUUUGCAAAAGCUGCAAAAAGAAAACUGCAGUCUCUCAGCGAUCAUUUGUUCGAGGAACUAGCAAUGGAUGUGUACGAUGAAGUGGAUCGAAGAGAGACAGAUGCAGUUUGGCUGGCCACUCAGAACCACAGCACCUUGGUAACAGAGACAACAGUUGUGCCUUUCCUUCCUGUAAACCCAGAGUACUCAUCAACACGAAACCAGGGAAGACAAAAACUGGCGAGGUUCAACGCUCAUGAAUUUGCCACACUUGUGAUUGAUAUUCUAAGUGAUGCAAAGCGACGCCAGCUCGGGAAUUCAGUCUCAAGUCCUAAAGAAAAUGUCGAGGUGUUCUUCAAGAGUAUGGGUAGUCGUCAUGGAAGUGAAAGCCAGGAAAUCGACCAGCCAGACUAUGACAGCGUGGCAUCAGAUGAGGACACAGACACUGAUUUACGAAUAGGCAAAGCAGACAGAGCUAAGAGUCUGGACUCUGAUCUGUCUGAUGGACCGAUUUCGGUGCAGGAGUUUCUGGAGGUGAAAAAUGCACUUUCAGCCUCAGAGGCUAAAAUUCAGCAACUGAUGAAGGCCAACAGUAAUCUGAGUGAAGAGCUGAGAUUGAUGCAGAAAAAGCUGCAGUCUCUGCAAAGUGAGAACAGCUCUCUCAGGCGGCAGGUCUCCGCUCAACAACCCUAUCAGGCCCCCGGCGGCCCUGACCACCCCAAUCCCUCCAGUCCCUCCUCCUCUUCCUCCUCCUCUGCCCUGAAACGUCACCUGUCUGCACGGGCGAGCCGCCCCAUGUCUAUGUAUGAAACCGGCUCUGGUCUGAAGCCCUUUCUCCCCAAGGGAGAGACCCCUUACCCUGAGGAGACUUUCCCCACCCUGCAACCCUUCCCAACCUAUGCCUCCAAAUUUGACAAGCAGAGCAGUGUGUCUGAUGGUGACUAUGAUAACACGGUCAAUGAAUCUGAUCUGGACGACUCUGGCUUUGGCCGUAGAUGUCGUCUGCGCAGCAGUGGCUGGUUGGGAGAAAGCGGCUCUAUACCCGAGCUGGAUGAUCAGGAAUGUGAGCCUGACCCCAGUCUGCCCACCACAGAAGACGUCAUCCGUAAAACUGAGCAGAUCACCAAGAACAUCCAGGAACUGCUGAGGGCUGCACAGGAGAACAAGCAUGAGAGUGGACCAUGUGAGCAGAGGGAGAGUGUCCGCAGACUUAGACACAGUCUGGGUUGUUUCAGCACACUGGUGCCUUGGGCAGACAAGCCCCCGUCUCCCAUGCAGUCCCUCGGCCUCAGAGCUCCCCACCCAGCCAACCCCAACAACCCUGCCUCCUGCUUUAUACCCUGCGCAGAAAGAAUACAUGUGGCUGUAAAUGAGAUGGCUGCCCUCUUCCCCAAGAGACCACGCUCUGAGACAGUAAGGAGCUCUUUGCGAUUAUUAACAUCCAGUGCAAACCGCCUGCAGAAUGAGUGUAAGAAAGCGUCUCCUCUGGAGAGCAGCUCCGGAGCCGACAUGCAGUUGGUCACCCAGCAGGUCAUCCAAUGUGCUUAUGACAUCGCCAAGGCUGCUAAGCAACUUGUUACCAUAACCACCAAAGAGAACAACAACUGAUCCUGCUUCCACCCAUUUCCAACUGUAGUGCAACCCUGAUGGUUUUCUCCACGUUAUUUUAUUAGUAAUUUUGUCAGUUGAGAUUUUUUUUUUUUUUUUAUCCACGCUGUAUUUGCAUGUUUUUAUUUCUAAUUUAAAGUGUCUCUUUGGCUUGAAGCCAUAAGAUAAAGACUGAAAUGCUCUCAAGGGUUGUGUAAGGACGUGUGUAUGUGUUGACCCGUGAAAGUGUAUUUGACUAGAUGUUGUGAGCAGAAGUGGAGCAGCCAGUCACUAAAUAUUCAGUAAAUGCCUGACUCUUUGCACUAUUCUGAAAACUUUAACUGCUUUUACCUCUUCAUAAUCAAACACUUAGUCCAUAAUUUGUGGAAUAUUUGUGUUGUUUUUGAAUUGUUAAAAUUAAGCUUUUUUCCCCCAAUGAUAAUCUUAAUGAAAUCUAAAAUAUGUCAAAAAAUAUUAUUAUAAUCUGUACAAAACAUUCAGGUAGUGUGGUCAGGUAGGCCAAGUUUAGGUACAGAUACAAUAAACUUGUAAGUAUAAAGAUGUCACGUUAAGUAAGAUCAGAUUUCAUUUCGUGUCUGAGGUUAAAUGGACUUUUUGGAUACACACAGGUGGCUAUAAUUCAGAUUUAUAGGGUAUAUUGAAAAAAAUAUAUAUUAAAAAAAUAUGAGGAAAUGUUAUUUAACCCUAGUUUAAUCAUAUUUUAUCAACAAUUUGGAGGUCACGGUACAGUAUUUAAUUACAACUUUUUUUCGAUACAUUCACUGCAGAUGAGUAUAUGAGGAUGAAACAAUCUCCACCAGCAGAUUGAUGCUGUUUUUUUUUGUGAUGCUUUAGAUGUGUUUCAGUUUUUAUAUAGUUCUUCAUAUUGUACAUUCACUUCAAUGUUCAGGCAGCUCUUUGCUUAUCUUUUUUUAUUUCCUCUCUACUAAGUGUUUUGAUCUAACCUGAUCAGGUUAGACUUAGCCAACAGUUGUGCAGUGGACCGGUGGCUCAGUGUUGUUAGAGCUAAGAGUCAGUGACUUACAGCUCAGUGUUAAAGUCCCCUCGUUUGAGUGUUUGUAGUUAUUCAGAUGAACUGGUCUUCCACUCAUUAAUUAAUAUUAUUGCUAUGCUUGUGGUUAAGAAACAAAAUGUGUUCUUUAUUUUUUAAAUAAACAUAAUUUAUAAUUUUGAGCUUUAA